UCUAAACUGAGUUAACGUUUCACAAAGUUUCGAGAUUAGUGUCGUUGGCAAUAUAAACUGAGUUUCUGUCAUUGUGUUUCUAUCUGAGUAAAGACAUUAAACUGAGUUUGAUUGUGUGCAAAAGAUGUCGGUCACAGCAGGAGUUAGAGAUGUUGCACUAGCGACUAGGGCAAAACUACAAGGUGGGAUUGGUCAGACUAGAGUGGGAAGAUAUUGGCCUGGAAAAGCUCCAGAGUGGGCCAAGGAAGAUCAUGAUGAUGAUGAUGAUGAUCAUCAUGUUGGGAUGCACAAGAAGAAGAAGGUUGAUGUUUUGGAUGAUGAGUUGGAUCAGAGGGACAAGGAUGAUGAUCCAAGGCUGCGCUGUUUAGGUCAAGUUAGAGCUGAUCAUCGGCGAGUUAGAGAGGCGGCUGAGGUUGUGUCUACAGAAGAAGAAGAGCCUAUAGAGGAGGAGGAGGAAGCUGUAGAAGCCUUGGAAGAAAGAAGACGCAGAAUUAGAGAAAAGAAUCUUAAAAGAACUCGAGAGGAGGCUGAUCUAAUGCUUCCUCUGGAAGAUGAAGAUGAAGAAGAGGUACAAGAGGAGGAAGAGUCAGAGUACGAGACUGAUUCAGAAUACGAGAUGUUCGGUUUCAAGAUGAUCAAGCCUGUCUUUGUACCGAAAGCUGAGAGGGAUACAAUAGAGGAACGUGAGAGGAUGGAGGCUGAAGAAGAAGCUCUUGAGGAACUAGCAAAGAAGAAGCUUGAGAUGAGGAAGAUUGAGACCAAGGCAAUAGUGGUUGAAGAAGUUAGAAAAGACGAAGAGAGACGCAAGAACGCGAUACUGGAAGAAGAUGCAAAUCUUGGAGAUGUUGAGACUGAUGAUGAGACCAAUGAAGCUGAAGAGUACGAAGCUUGGAAGACAAGGGAGCUUGGUAAGAUCAAGAGAGAGAAAGAAGCAAGGGGAGCUAUAUUGAGAGAGAAGGAAGAAGUAGACAAGUUGAGGAACAUGACAGAAGAGGAGAGGAAAGAAUGGGAGAGGGAUAACAAUCCCAAGCCAUCUUCAUCAGAGAAACCGAAAAAGAAGUGGAAGUUUAUGCAAAGAUACUACCACAAGGGUGCCUACUUCCAAGAGCAAGGAUCUGAUGAAACUGAUGUUAUAUUUCAACGUGAUUACUCUGCUCCAACAGGAGUAGAUAAGCUGGACAAGUCGGUUCUGCGAGAAGUCAUGCAGGUGAAGAAAUUUGGUCGGAGUGGAGGAACUAAGUGGACUCACCUUGUUAAAGAGGAUACAACAUAUGGUGGCAAAAACAAAAAAGAUGAAACAAAGGAUUGGAAUGACCCUUGGGUCUCUAAUGUUUUUCUACGACAAAAGUACAAUAAGAGAAUGGCGGCCAUGGAUGCUCCUAUUGCAAGACCGAAGGGUAGCAAGAGGAUGAAAGCUUGGUGAGACCUAAGUGGUAUGUUGCAAGUAAAACAAUACAUCUUCCUUAGAAUUUUACUUCUUGUUGCGUUUUGUAAACUACGAAUGCUCUACAGUCUCUGCUAUCAGUUUAUAGUUUCAUCCUAAUACUUACUUUUUUUUUUGUUUCUUUAAUUCAGAUAACAAAUUCAAAAGAGGGCAAUACAUGUCUUAAACCAUCAAAAAGGUUUCAAGUUCUGAACUAUCAUUUGAAAAACUGUUCAAACUUGUACCAAAGAUAAAUCUGAUGUUGUAGGAUCUUCUUGAAAAACAUCAAAGCGGUUCUCUCAAGAAAGAGAACAACAGCUUUGAAUUGAGUGAUUUAAGUAAGACAGGUAAAUAACUGAGUUUAGCAUUAGCAUUAGAAACAUGUAACUAGUUUUAAGGUUUGACAUUUCUCCUAAGAUAUAACAAGUUAAUCGAUCUAACAUCUAUCUAUCUUUCAGAGUAUGGCAGAUAGGGACCAUUCGUUGUAGUAAAACAGAGAUGGACACUGGCCUUGAUUUUGGCCAACAUGAUCUUGAACCUAUCAAACUCAUUGAGGACAGCUCUUCUCUUCUGCACUAUUAGCUCCCGACCCCAUGAACUCUUCUCCCACCUGUUCUUCACAUAUGCAAAAGUUUCAACAGGUCAAGAUGACACAAUGUCAAGUCACCAGCUUUGUGCAUAGCCUCAAUGAGAUUCUUCUUGAUAUCGAUAAAGGAUGAACACAAGUGAAAACAAACACGUAGAUUCCUCAGACAUAUGGUGAAUGGGUGCAACAAAUUUGAUUCAAAUACACAGUUCAUAGGUGGCAAGUGAAACUUAAUAGUGAUUAACUGUAACAAAUUUGAUUCAAAUAUACACGUGAUAUUACAUUUAAAGCCAUUCCAAAGAGGAAGAAGAAAA